CUAAAGUUUUUCGACCGUAUAUUUUUGAGACUAUGCUUUUAUUCUGAAGGGUUCAGACCGGAUGUGUUUUUGCUGUUGGCGGAAAUCAGACGGACAUUUGAAAAGAAGCUAGCUGUUGACUAACUUGUCGUUAGCAUGCACAUUAGCUUUAUAUAAAGAAAAUGCGAAAGAGGAUUAAUUUUCUUCAUGGUAAAACAACGAGCGAAAACAACACACGCCUCUGAUAUUAAUGAGACAACAGGCCCAGUGUUUAAAAAAUCGAAAUCAGUGCGUCGAUCUGACGGUCUUAGAGCAAGAAAGGAAAGCGAUCGUCUGCGAGUAAAAACAAGGAUAAACAUAUCUUAUUGCUUCAUAAAGUGGAGAAAAUUAAAGGAAGAAAAAAAAUCUACAAACGCACGGAGACAUCGCUAACUAUCUCUUAAACUUGUAAGUGUCCGUUGAAAGCCCCAUUAAGGCACGUAUAUGAUAACACUGCGUGGCCUCGAUUAUAACACUAGUGUAACGUUAGUAUUUUGAUAACUAAUACACAAUAUCAUAAAAGCUAGAAUACACUUAUAAAAGGAUGGCAGUAACUUGGAAAAAACAAUGGGAAGCCUCUGAAAAACUCAGUAGCCUACAGUGUUGUCCCUCCAGCACGAUGUUGGAACUACUUUUUCCUCCGCGCUGGCGAGAAACCAGACAAGAGGACUGCAGUAGAGGCACAAGCCUGAACUACAUGCAGUCGCAUUAAUGGAAGGCACGCACAAGAUUAUAAUGUGGAUGGGAUGUUAUGUAUAGUGGGCCUACCCAAAAAAUACUGCAACGUAAUCCCAGAGAUUAUUCUGAAUCUGCCAGUGUGACUGCAGUAUAUAAUUGUCUUGUUCAACUCUUGAGCAAAAGCAAACACAAAAAUGUCUGGAAAUUGGUCUGAUGCUGAGAUCAGGGAACUGCUCUCUCUUCGUGCUAAGGAUGAGAUCUUGAGGCAGUUUAAUGGAACAGCAAGGGAUGCAGUUGUGUAUGACAACAUGACCACUAUCCUGCAGAAGCGAGGUGUGCAGCGACGCAAGGCCCAAAUCAUUAGCAAACUGAAAAAUCUGCGGAAAAACUAUCUCAGUAUAAAAGACCGCCACAGAAAGAGUGGCAAUGAGAGACUGCAUUGGCAGUACUUUGAGUUGUGUGAAGCAAUUUGGGGAAGCAGCCAUCCAACAAAUUCAGUGGCAUUGCUGAGUAAUUUGGAACCAAAGUUGGAGGACAACAGGGACUCAUCUGAUGUGGACUACAAGGAUGGUGCCAUUUCGGGAUCAUCUAAUGUGGACUGCAAGGAUGCCACCAUUUUGGGAUCAUCUAAUGUAGACUACACGGACAGUGCCAUUACAGGACCAUCUAAUGUGGACUACAGGGAUGGUGCCAUUUCAGGAUCAGAAUCCACAAGCAACAUGGUCCCAGAGGAACAAGAAGAAAGUCGCCCAGAAUUUCCUUGUGGCCCCCUGUUAAGGAAACUACCAAAAAGAAAGUCCAGGCAUCAGCAGACUUAUGAGGAGCUGCGCAGGCUUUUGGCCGACAUGGAUAGAGACUUUAAUGAAAGAGAGGCUGUCCGUAUCCAGGAGCAGAGGGAAUAUGAGGACCGGGUUCGGAGAGAGGCGAGGGAGUAUGAGAGGCAGCAAUGGUCCAUGCAAAUGGCAAUGUGGAAGGAGAUGCAGGAGGCUCAGAACAACUUCUUCAAAGAUGUUUUGAGCCGAUUGCCUGUUUUUAGUCCACCAUCUCAAUCACCACAGCAGCAGGCCGCCAGAAGUGAGGUUGCUUCCCUGACGCAAUUGCCUUUAAGGACUCUUCAGCCUCACAUCAGAAGUACAGCUGUACAGACAACUGUGUCCUGCAGGGAUGUUGAUGUUGGCCCAUCCACUGCAGAUCCUCAGCCCUUUCCAAUAUCCACACCAAUAAGGACACCUUGUUUGGAUCUUGAGGAGGAUGAGGAGGAGAUGUUUUUGGUGCAGGUGUAGCACCUGCACAUUCGCUAUACUGUGUGAAUGAAAUGCAGUAUGCAAAUGAAUACAGAUAGUGCUGCAAAUAAUUAUGAUGAUUCAUUAUUGACUAUUUUCUCAGCUAUCAAUUAUUCAUUUUGUCUAUAAGGCAUCAGAAGAUAGUUGCCCAUCUGGUUGUGUAAAGUCCAACCUGAUCUGUUCACAUCUUGUUUUUUCUGACAAGCAGUUCAGAAUCCAAAGAUCUAUUUACCACUAUUUAAAAGAGAGAAGUGCAGAUAAUCUGAAACAUUAAGCUGGAUCCAGAGAAUUUGUCAAUUAUAAAAUUGACUACUUUGAAUAACCAGCUAAUCAAGUAAUUUCUACAGCUCUAAAUACAAUUGAGGGAUGAAACAUUCUAAGCAGGGCCAGAUAUCAUAAAAGCUAUAUGUGAACAUUAUGAGAAAGUGGGAUGUUGUGCAUCACUAGGGGUUGCCCCUCCAAUCUUCCAGCCAUCCAUGAACAGAGUCGCGGGUGGCUGGAACCUGUCGCAGCUGACAUUGGGCAAGAUGCGGGGUACACCCUGGACAGGUCACCAGUCUGUCAUAGGGCUGACAAGUAAACAAAAAACACACAUGCACUGCUAUGGUCAAGUUGGAGUUGUCAGUCAAACUAGGCCCAAAGACAUGCAGGUUAGGUUAACUGGUGACUCUAAAUUGCCUGUAUGUGUGAAUGUUGGUGGUUGUCUGUCUGUGUGUCAGCCCUGUGAUGGACUGAUGACUUGUCCAGGAUGUAUCCCACCUCUUGCCCAAUGUCAACUGAAAUUGGCUUCAGGCCCCUGCAGCACAUGGGUUUUUUUUAUGUAAUAGCUUAUACACAGAAAUUGAGUGUUUUCAGAAAGAUUUUCACUCAUACUAGGAAUUAAUAGGCCCAAACAAAAAUACAGUGGAUGCUCCUGCACCUCAAGUCAUGUAAAUUUUUGUGAUACAGUAUGUGUGACUUCAAUUUAUGUAUUUUUGGUAUGUACAACUUCCAUGUCCUGUAACUGAAGGUAGUUGUGCUACAAAGCUUGUUAACAAUAAAAACACAGCUUACAAAGGCAGCUCAACCAUAGUUUGUGUAACACUGAAUGGCAGUGUAAUUUUAUAAUCAAUAAGUCGCGUGAGGCGAAAUGAAAAGAUAAUUUGUCAUUUAAAACAGGUUUUCACAGACAUACGUGUUGAUCUAGGCACCUCUGUCCUGUAUUAUUACUUCUACACCGCCACCUGUUGGACAAACUUGGAUCCUCCAAACUUCACCAGGUGUUCUUCACCCAAUGAACAUACCCAUAAAUCCAGAUGAAACAGUUUUUUAAUCAUUGUUUAUUUCAAGUUUUAUACAAAUAAUUGAAAUAAAUGAGUAAGCAAGCCAAAAGAGAUGUCAUAGCUGUGUAGCAAUUUUAGAAUAAUUUAAAAUGUAAAUAUUGUGUGAUAAAAACAUGCUGGAUACAUUUAAAAAAAAAAU